UGUUAAAAAAAUGAAAUCAUCCAACUACUAAAAGAAUUUUUUUAUUCUCUAGCUAGGGAAGCCCUUUCUAAGUGUAUUGCAAAACCCAGAUUUUUUUUAGUGUAUUGCAAAACCCAGAUCGUUACAUGAAGAGGUGACUAAAUUCGUCUACCUAAAAAUUUACACCUUCACUGUGGCCAAAACAAUGGCCACCCCCAAAACCCCUACCAUAAACGUGAGAGACAACUGAGCAAGUAUUAGUGUCACUUAUAACUAAGUAGUAGUAUAUUCAAAUAGUUCUUUUAAGUCCAUAAGUAAUUAACAAACACCUCAAUGGAAAACUGGGCAAAUGUUUGCCAUAUUGGCCAAGAUGAGCCAAACGGUGUUGGUGAGAGUGGGAAAGGACACUCUCACGUAUGUUUAGGGCGUGUACUAGUGUCCCAGGGCUGCUGUAUCAAAGUACACAAACUGGGUGACUUAAAACCACGGAAAUGUAUUGUCUCACAGUUCUAGAGGCUACAAGUCAGAAAUCAAGGCACUGGCAGGGCCACGCUCCCUCCGAGGCCUCUAGGGGACGACCCUUCCAUGCUUCUCCUAGCUUCUGGCAACCCCAGGAGUUCCUCAAUUUGUAAUGCAUUACUUCAAGCUCUGCCUCCCUUGUCACAUGGCAUUCUCCCUGUGUCUUUGUGUCUUCACGUGGUCAUCUUCCUUCUGUGUCUAUCUGUGUCCAAGUAUUCCUCUUCUCCUAAGGACAUUAGCCGUAUUGGACGAGGGCCCAGCUAAUCCAGUAUGACGUCAGUUGAGCAAUAUGUUUCAGAGUUCCACUUUUGUUAAUUUACCCUAAGGAGAUCUUUGCACAACUGGGAAAAGUUACAUGCCCAGUUUUUUUUAAAUAUCAAAGCACUAUAUAAAACUGCAGAAAAUGUCAAUGACCCUUAUGUCCAUUGAUAAGGGACUGUUAAAUUCGGAAUGGAACACCAUGCACACAUUUAGGUCUAUAUUUAUUGAUAAUGAAACACAGUCUAGACAUCUUGCUAAGUGAAAAAAGUAGAUUACAAAAUGAUGUAAUCCCAUUUAUAUAAAAUUGUACACCUUCACAUGAAUGUAAAAUAAAUAAAACAAAAAUACGUAGAUGUCCGUCACAGUACACUUUAUGUGGAGUUGUUAUCAGAGUUCUAUGCUCGAUGAUAUCUCACAUAUGGUACCUACAGUCAGAGUAUCGCACGCUUUUUAUAAAACAUCAGGAGAGGGCACAGGUGACGCAGUUGUGGUGAAGUUCAAUGGCCCCCACACUUAAGGACAGAGCGCUGAGCUGGCACAUCUCCAAACAGAAAUGGCUCUAUCAGGGGCUGACUAUGAAAUCUCAGGUGAGUCGCAUCCUAUCUGGGCUUCAUCCUUCCUGUGUAAAUGAGGAUCACAACACUUAGGAGGGUGAUUCCAAAGACUAAGUGGAUGAACCAUCUGGAAGCGAUCGGCAAACUGGGAAGUGCCAUUCAUUUGUUCCUCAACCACGCUCAGCACAUUUCUAGGCUCUGGAGAUUCAGCAGGAAAAGAGAGAAAUUUACGUCCAUGGAGCUUACGUUCUGAAGGGAGAAAAUUGAUAAAAACUAAUAAACAAAUGUGUGAGAUAAUGACGUUAUAGUAGUAUGAAGAAAAACAUCUACGUCUCAUACAAAUAUGUACAUCAUACAUAAAAUACCACGCAAAUAUAUAACACAAUGUUGAAUUCAGGAAUGUGGAGAAAAAUACAGCAGGCUGAGGAUAGAGAGGCAAGAGGGGUUGCUAUCUUAGGCUGGGUGGUUGGGGAAGGCCUCUAUAAGACAGCACUGAGCUCGUUCCUGACAGAAGUGAGGGAGGAGGGGAGAUCUGGUGGACAUCUGGAGGAAGGCUUUGCAGAGGGAACAAGGGCAGAAGCCCUGUAUGUUCUAAGAGAAGAUCAACGUGGUCCCAGAGCGUGGAGGGGAGAAUGGUAGGAAAUGAGGUCAGAUACAUAGAAGGGUGGGUCAUAGGAACCUCUGAGGCUAUGGAUUUUACUUUGAAUGAGAUGAGAAGCAUGGCAGGGUUAUGAGCAGAGGAUUGACAUUAUCCAACUUCUGUUUUUAGAAGAUCACUCUCUACCUAGACUAUAUUGUAGGGAGGCAGAAAUUAAAACAGAGAGACUAAUAGACUAAUCAGGAGGUUAUUGCCAAAGUCCAGGGGAGAGCCAUGAGUGGCUGGGACCAGGAGGUACUGUUGGAGAACGUGAGGAGUGGUUGGAUUCUGGAGAUAAUUCAAAGAUAGAAUUGAUGGAAUUUAUUGGUGGACUGAAUGUGUGUUUGGGAAAGAAAGAGGGGAGGGAGGUGACUCCAAGGGUUUUUCCUUAAGCAAUUGGAAAAAAUGGAGCUGCUCUCUGAGGUAGGGAAGAUGGAGGAGCAGUGAGACUGGGUAACCAAGUUUGGACAGUGGACAGCACCCAAAUAUAAGCUUUGAUGAUCACUAAUUGCACUCUGACACUUCCAAGGCCAGAGUUCUUUUCCUCUUUGUUCACUCCCUGGCAUUUCUUCCCCACGCCACCCCCUGACUUCCUGCUAGCAUUAAUUACCUUCACAUGUGAUGGGAUUAACGUACCUGGGGAGGAGCAGAGAGACGCGGAACCUACCCUGGGAGUCUAGUUACAAAUGCUGGCACAGACAGUGGCAGGCAAGCCACCACCCUGGGUAGAGCUCGUCAGCAUUGGCUGCUCUUAGAAUGAAAGCAGCAGGAUUCUCUUCACCUGGCAUCUCUCUGAUCGUUAGUGAUUUGCUCUAGGGGCCCAGGUGGACACAACUGUGAUCGGUAAAGGAGUACCUGGCAGGUUUUGCUGUCUGAUUCCACGAACUGGAGAAGAAGAGCAGGUUCUGCUUUGGGAAGGUAGAAACAUCUCAUGUUAACAGGCCGUGGAGGAGACCUGGAAGCCUGAGGUUGGUGUGAGUUGGAGUGGGGACCCGUCAGGAGACUCUACUUCUUUUUCAUUUUUUUGAGACAAUUCGUUCCUUCGACUUGGCAUUUUGGAUCACAAGGAACAGAAAUCUCCUCAAGGUGACUCAAGUCAAGGGGCUUUGUGGUGGGGACACGCGUGGAAUAACAGGAAAUCUCCCAGAAAUCUUAGAGUAGGAAGCUGUCUCUGAGCUGGGCCUCAGCGAGGCUGGAGUUGGGAGUGGCUUUGGAGUCAAAGGACAGCUGGGAGCCUAGUAGCCAUAGCUCAGUCUCUGCUCUGGGGCCCCACUGUUCACAGAACUCUGCACUCCCCAUGUCUGCUUCUGUCUGCCCAGCCACCAUUCCCUGAACGCUUUUCAGAUGUCCCAGUGUGAACGCUGAGAGAGACUCACACUGGCCCAGCUCAUCUUUUCUGCGGGCCUCAGGUGGAUGGACGUCUUUUAUACCUCACCCUGUCAGCCAUGGGCAGAGCGCCAAGGGCACUUGAUCAGCCUCUUGUAGGACAGGAGGAGGCAGGCUUGGCCUUAGUAAUAAUAAUAACAAUAAUAAUAAUAGCUAACAAGCAUGGAGCACCUACUGUGUGCCUUGCACUGCUCUGAAUAAUUGACAUUCAGUAUAAUAGUUACUUUACUUUUUACCCUGUGAGGUAGGCACUGUGAUUACGAUCAUUUCACAGUUGGGGCAAUUAAAUAUUAGAAGGCACAUAGCUGCAUCUCAACACGCCACCACCCUUGAAAAAAGACUGUGCGUCUGCAAUGCUUCUCUCCCCUUCAGUGUCUGCCUGCAGAGGCCCAUGGCCCUCUCAUUUCAGCUGACAAAGCGCUCCCUUUAAAUGCCCACGCUCCAAAAUCAGCCCUACUCCCCUCUCCCCUCCCCCAUCCAAAUCCCCUUCCAUUCAGUUCCCCUCCAGCUCUCCUCCUCUCUCCUCACCUUACCCCAGAAACCCUGGUUUGGCUGUUUGUUGAGUGGGGCCUGCCAUUGUUAGAGGGGCAUUUCCUCCAGGACAGACUCUCUGUUCUUUUGGUCACAUGAAAUAAAAUUUCAAUACAGCAAGAAUAAGAGACUCUUCAAAGGGUUUCCAGGCUCUGUAGACUGAAUUCCUAAAUGCAGCAUUUGCAACACCCAGGAUGCUCUGAAGGGGCGCUCUUAAUCACCCGAUAAUCCUGACCCCUGAUGAGGCCCCACAGUCUGCCCUCUAGCCUACAGCUGAGCCUUUGAGUGGGACAAGUGGUCUAUCUUUCUGUUCCUUUUCCCAGAGCCCAGAUUAUGGGCCCAACAAGAUGAGAUGAGAUUACAAACUUUUUUUGCCUUAUUUGGCAACCAAAGAGAUGAGUUUCUCCCUAAUCUCUAUAUUUCAAAAAGAUCUAAGCAAGAUCUUUAAAUCAAGGAAGUUUAAGUGGACUAACAAGUGUAACUCUCUCUGAGUAUAAAUACAAAAGGGCACAGCACUUCAGAAAAAAGUCUAAAAUCUGUUAUUGCCUUUGUUUCCUUAAGAUGGAAACACAUGGAAAAACCAGCCAUCUCAGGCACCUUUGGGGAUUUUCCUGAGCAGCCCCCAUAACACUGUUGUGAAAUUAAUAGUAAUUAGGGUUAUUGUUUCAACAACUUGUCAUUUACAUCUAAUUACCAUGCACUACAAUAAAGAUUGUAAUGACAGAUUCACUUUGUUUCAGGUUUUAUUAAAUUACAAUCCUUAACUUCCAAGGAUUUUGUCUUAACAGUUUACUGCUUAUUGUUAUAUUGUCCGAUCAGAACUGAAAAUAUUUAAGAAACUAGUGAUUCUGGGGCUGUAUUGGGGGUCUGUUUUCUUUUUUUUUCAUUCUUUACUUCUUAAAGCAGAGUGGGAAGGGCUCAGCUUGGUGUCUUCCAUCUUGGUCAAUUAAAGCAGAGAUCCUGCCUCCAAAGUCCUUACAGAGGUGCUACCUCUGAGAAGGAGGCAGCUUAGGCUGCUCAAAAGGGAAUUGCAUGUGGGGUCAUGGGCUAAAGAGGUGGGGCGGGAUCCAUCUCCUUACCAAGACCACUAAUGGGACUGUGUCUCGGGGUGGGGUCUGGGCAGCAUCCUGAACGAAGCUGUGACCCUGGGGGAGCCGGUAAUGCUUCGAGCUCAGACUUGCCCUGCUGGACCUCGGCCUUCGGGCCAGCAGAAGCUGGGGAGAGCUGACCUCCCGGCCUGACUUCUGCGGGCCUGCCUCAUGGGGCAGAGGAUGUGCAGUCACUCCAUGGGAAUGGAGGACUUGGCACAGGGAAGGACGCCGCCCCACCACGUGGACCUAGCUCGGAGCCUGAGGAUGGAAAAGGAGAUGGAAAGAGAGGAAGACAGCUGCUGGAUGUGGAGACGUUCAAAGACGUGAUAAAGCAGAGUAUGAGGUCACAGAACAAAAAACCGUGAACUCCAGCUGUACGAACUCUCCAACUUGGAGCCCUCCUGUCAGAUCGGCGGCCUGGAAGCUGUCCCUCUGAAACUGGACUACUGACGUCCCAGGAUCUUCAUCUGCAGUAGUCCCGGGGAGGAAACAGUUUUCCAGCUGAACUUGGAAGAAGCUGCCCAAAGUCGAGAACAUGUCAAACAUCAGCAUUAAUAACGCAUGACCUCUCCAAAUGUAAACUACAUCCACUGGAAAGCGCAUGGAGAUUGGGUUACUCAGCUGAACUACUACGAUUCCAUCAAAGCCGUCAUUUCAAGCUCCAACCAUGAGCCCAGUACUCUAGUAAUAGGAGUCAAGACGUUUUCAUUCUGUAAGAGAAGGAACUUGCUGCUGACAGGUGGACUGGAUCGAAUAAUUAGAGUGUGGAAUCCUUAUCUGCCAAGAAAACCAACAGGUAUGCUGAAAAGCCACACGGCUCCAGUGAGCUACAUCCAGGUGUCUGCUGAGGAUAACAAAAUAUUUUCCACGUCCACUGACAACGCAGUCAAGAUCUGGGAUCUGGAGACAGACAGCUCCUUAUUUACCGUGUCCUCCAAAGCCAGCGGUCUUAAGGGGGAGCUGGCAGCCUGCCUCUAUCUGCCCGGCCCCAGAGCACUGUGGGUGGCCUCUGACACUGCUGUGCUCCUGCACCUGAGACUGAGAUCACCCCCCGAGCCUCACCUGGUGCUAUCCCACAAAGAGCCCGUGGGCUGCUGCUGGUACAACCCGGCCUCCUGGCAGGUGGUCAGCUGCUCAGAAGCCUCCGUAAGUAAGAUAUGGCACUUUGAAACAGGAAGACUGUUGUCUGAAUUUACUGAGGCUCAUGACAAUGCUGGGAUCACUUGUCUGAUCUUUGACUCCGGUGGAAGAAGAUAUACUCUGUUUCUUAGGCUAAUAACUGGGGGCAGAGAUGGCUGUCUGAAAAUAUGGAGCUACAACAAUGAGCAUUGUCUGCACUCCCUGAAACAUGAUGAAAAGCAAAGUGAAGUUUGUGAUUGCACCUGCUUGGAGCUGAACCAAAAUAAGUGUAUCAUAGCUGUUGGAUGGGACAGAAGAAUAAACGUGUAUUUUGGCACGGCACAUGAUUUUCAUCACUUCUGGAAGCCACAGCCACACUGGCAGGAUGACCUGAGCCAUGGGCACAAGGAGGACAUCCUCUGUGUUGCUCAAUGCCCACCUUUUCUUCUUGCCACCUCCAGCUAUGAUGGGGAGAUUAUCAUUUGGAAUGUCAUCUCGGGCCACAUAUACUGCAAACUGAAUACUUCCAGCCCCUCUGAUGACCCAGAAGACAAAGAAGGCCCGGAGCGAAGCGUUUCCUGCCUCUCCUUCCUGAGGACGCGUGCUGCCAACCUGGACUCCACGUCUGCCUCCCUCGUCGUCGCCAGCGGGCCUCGAGGCUCUGUCACCUUCUGGAGGCUGUCUGGGGGGGCCUGUCCCAUUGCAAACUUCACUCCUUCUAGAGACAAAGCUUGGGUCAGCAGCAUGGUGGUAACAGCAGGAGAUGCUCUCGCCUGUGUGGCUGACCAGGAAAGCUUUGUGCGGGUCUAUAACAUCAAGGAGUACAGCCUGUGGGGACCAGAGUUGCGGCCUCCCAAGAAUGUGACUUUCUGGAGGGCCCAUGUCAGCAUGGUGACAUCUUUGGAGCUGAUAGAAGAAGAAAAGUUUCUGCUGUCAUCCUCCCUCGACCUCACUGUGCGCCUGUGGAGCAUGGACGGGGAGUACACAGGGACCUUUGGGCAGAGUAGCCCCUGGGAUGUUUUCACUCCUGCCUCCUGGAGCCACCCUAGAGUCCCCUAUGAAAUUUUGACAGAUGCCCAGAGCAUGCCUGCUCACCCAGUGCUGGAAGGGGAUGUUCCUGCAACGCACCUGGGAAAGGAGGAGCAGGAGAAUGCGGUGAAGGGAAAGGCCAGGGCUAAGCAUGAAAAGAUGUCUAACCCUCGCUCUCCAGAAGACUCCAUCCUUGAAGGUGAAACGAAAGAAGACAUAAAUCGAUGGUACGCGUUUUGCAAUCGCAGGUCAGCCAGAAAGAAACGCUCGGGUCAAAGCAAGGGCCGUCCUGAAAUAAGGCAGCCUUUCCUGGCUGAGGCAUCCCAGGCUGCCCUGUCAUAG